AUGGACCCAUCAGCGAAUUCAGAGAUGAAUGGAGAGAUUAUAGAGAUUAAAGAAGUGACGAAUGAAGAGGUUAUAGAGAUCAAAGAAGAAAAGAAGGAAUUCAAACAAUUUGACAUCGUUGAAGACUACUCGGAUCAGUACUUCACCAAAUCAAAUCUUUCAGGCAAAAAGGGUCACAGCUUCAUCCAUGACACAGGCACUGUGAGGAAGAAAAUCAUGCGGGAAUGGAAAAUCCUCGAGGAAAACUUGCCCGGAUCGAUCUAUGUUCGAGUCUAUGAAGGAAGAAUUGAUCUUUUAAGAGCCACAAUCAUUGGAGCAGCUGGGACUCCCUACCAUGAUGGGCUCUUCUUCUUCGAUUUCCUCUUCCCACCUGAUUACCCUGUUCAACCACCCUCUGUGCAUUACCACUCUUUUGGUCUCCGCAUAAAUCCCAAUUUAUAUGCAGAUGGGACUGUUUGUUUAAGCCUUCUAAAUACUUGGCCUGGCAGGAAACAUGAGAGAUGGAACCCAUCCGAAUCAACAAUUCUACAGGUUCUCCUCUCAAUCCAAGCUCUUGUUCUAAACGAGAAACCUUACUUUAACGAGCCUGGUUACGGAAUCGUGCCUGGAAUCGAUUGGGACAAGAAGUCAUUGACUUAUAGCCAGAACAUAUUCGCCUUGUCUUGCAAGAUAAUGCUGUACGUGCUACGCAGGCCGCCGAGGCAUUUUGAAGACUUGGUUGCAGCACAUUUCCGUGAGCGUGCACACCUUAUUUUAAUGGCUUCUAAGGCUUAUAUGGAUGGUCUGGCAAAUAUUGGCUGUCUUGUGAGAAAUGGAUCUCUCUCUUCUUCUGCUGCUGCUACGGUUACCAAAUCGAAAAAAUUUAAGAUGGUAAUGGACCGGCUUUAUCCAGAGCUCGUGAAGGCGUUUGCUAAGACUGGAGCUUCAGUGGGGAUAUUCGUCGAACAGGUAAGGAAAGAUAUAGAAGAAACCCAGUCAAGACCUCAUACAGUCAAAAAGAAGAAAGAAGGAUUUACUAGGAAGAUUUUCAACAAAGUUAAGAAGAUUUUAGGUUUGUCUAAGGAUACAAACAGCACCACUUCUUCUGCUACGCACAAAAGGACUCCCUGA